AUGGAGAAAAUGCUGUUGAAAACUUUACAAGCCAUCUUUCUUUUCUCACUGCUUUACUUUGCAAUACCUUCUUUUUCCUAUCCUCUCUCAACAAGAGGCAGAUGGAUUAUCGAUGAAGAAACCGGGCAACGAGUGAAGCUAUCAUGUGUCAACUGGGCAUCACAUUUGGAACCCAUGAUAGCCGAGGGCCUCGACAAGCAGCCACUCAGUAAGAUCGUGGCUCAGAUAGUUCAAAACAAAUUCAACUGUGUCCGACUCACGUGGCCAACCUUCUUGUUCACUCGUGAAAUUUUCGGUUCACGGACUGUCACCUACUCUUUUGAUUCUUUGGAUUUGAAUGAGGCCAAGGCUGGCUUCGCUAAAAACAAUCCUGCUCUCUUGAACAUGACUGUAAUUCAAGUCUAUGAUGCGGUGGUUGAUGAACUCGGUGCACAAGGUGUCAUGGUUUUGCUUGAUAACCAUGUUAGUCAGCCCAAGUGGUGCUGUAAUAACGAUGAUGGAAAUGGCUUCUUUGGAGACACCCAUUUUAAUCCUGAUGAAUGGGUAAAGGGUUUGGUUACGGUGGCCACACAUUUUAAGCAUAGAAAACAGGUGGUCUCUAUCAGCACGCGAAAUGAACCACAUGGUGCAAGAGAAAAUGAAAAUGAUUGGCUGAAAUAUAUUGGUAUAGGAGCAAUAAUGAUUCACAGGGCAAACCCGCAUGUUCUUGUACCCGUUUCAGGGAUAAAAUACAGCAGAGAUUUCAGCUUCUUGAAGGAGAAGCCUUUUUUAUCGAACAAUUUAGAUAACAAGUUGGUUUAUGAGGCGCAUUGGUAUAAAUUUAGUGAAGAACACUCUGACAUUUGGGACGUGCAGCCAUUGAAUAGAGUCUGUGCUGAAAGUAGUUUAUAUAUGAUGGACCAUUCAGCUUUUCUCACUGAUGGUGAUAACCCAGUUCCUCUUUUUCUGGGUGAGUUUGGCCUUAACCAACAAGAUCUUACUGACUCUGAACGGCGUUACAUGUCUUGCAUUAAGGCUUUCAUUGCUGAGAGAGACUUUGAUUGGGGGUUGUGGGCUUUGCAAGGAGGCUAUUAUUUAAGGGAAGGUAAAACAGGGACUGAGGAGACAUUUGGAGUGCUUAAUGGCAACUGGGACCAGCUCCGGAAUCCUAAAUUUAUAGAAAGCCUUCAUUUUCUACAAGGAAAGAUUCAAGACCCAUUUUCAAACCAGUCAACCUCCUAUGUAAUGUAUCAUCCAUUGAGUGGCAAUCCAGUUCAUGUAAAUGGAAAAAAUGAAUUAUAUGUUACCAAUAGUAGCGUGUGGAGCAGGUGGAGUCACGAUGGAAAUGGAACUCCAAUCAGGUUGAUGGACAGUGCUCAAUGCCUUAAAGUUGUGGGUGAUGGACUUGAACCAAUUCUCUCAACCGACUGCUCCACCCAACAAUCUGCAUGGUCGGAAGUCUCACAUUCCAAGCUUCAAUUAGCAGCUAAAGAUGUAAAUGGGGACUUAUUAUGCUUGGACAAGAAAUCUCCCGAUUCUUCUCAAAUUUUGACUACAAAGUGCAUUUGUAUAGAAGAUGAUGAUUCUAGCUGCCUGGAUGAUCCACAAAGCCAAUGGUUUAAGCUCAGUAGGACAAAUAUAAAGUAA